AUGUCUUACCUAUUUCCACCCGAUAAACCCCUCCUUUACCCACAAUUUGAGACCUACAAACUCCAGUCCCUAGACCCGGAUCACGACUUAUUGGAAUACCCCUUGCCUGAACCUGGCUCAACGCAAAGUAGAGUAGGAUACAAUACAUCUUCGUAUCUCAGCUUCAAAGAAGUCAGGAAUAGAAUCGGAUGGGAUCAUCUUUCGGUGAAUGCAGAUGGUGUGGGAAUGUACGUGGAUAAGGAGUGGGUGGUCGUAGGCUUUAUCAUUGGUGACGAUUUGCAACCGACAUUUUCCAAGCUCGCUUCGUUAUCACUUCCGAUCUCAUCUAGCGAACAACAAUUCGAAUUCCCAUCUGUAUCACCUUUGACUUCAACGACAUGGGCAGUGUCCUCAGGCUCAGGGUCACUAUACAUUCUGGAAACUACCUCGCCUGACGAGACAGGCUCUUUACGAGGAAAAUUCACAGCUAAAUACGACCUACCUUCUUCCAUCUCCGACUCAAACGAACCAUCACCAUUCCUCCUUCGUGCAUCACAUACAAUAUCGAACGAACAAGUGAGCUUGCUGUUAACAAGAUCAAUAAAGGCGAACGAAGACAGGAGGACGAUAAAAUCAUCACAAUUGACGACAUUCGAAGUAAUCGAAAUUACCCUCGACCCAUCUGCUCAUAAUGCGGUAGACGACCAGGAGGAAGUUGAGAAAUUAAGCGUGAAUUGGAAGUUGAGCGGUGACGAUCUACCUAUUCAUUGUCACUACUCUACGGAGCAUAGUGGAUGGAUCAUACUUUCUCCUGAAGAAUACAAGGUGCCUUCGACGGAAGAUAGUGAGAAGGAGGAAAGUAAGGAAGAUAAGGAGAAGUGGGAGAGAGAAGCGAAAAUUGCGAAACUUGGCUUAGGUGCUUCUAUCCCUCCUUCACUCGUCACUCCUGAAAAUGAAGAGAAAAUGGACUUCGAAGAUUCAGACAAUGGGGAUGAAGAUAAAUUAUAUCCAUAUCAAUGGACACAAGAUUCAGAAGGCCUCAAUAUAAUUAUCCCACUUCUUAAAUCGAUAACGCGUCAAGAUAUCAAAUUGGAUCUUACUUCCACCACACUCUCAUUGUCCCUCUCACCCUCUUCCGAUAUAUCACCUCAACUCGAUCAAUUUGUUAAAAAGCAAACUCGAGCAUUAUGGACCAACAUCGAUCCGGAACUAUCCACAUGGAGCUAUGAUUCAUCAAAAUUUCAAAUCGAAAUUGACCUAAUCAAGGUGGACCAAAACGUCAGAUGGCCAACGGUGUUUUCAUAUGAUGACGAGGAAGAAGAUGAAGUACCGGAAACACUAUCGCAAGCGACUUUGGCCGCCGUAAGGGAAUCUUUCAACUCUAUCAAAACCAGACCAGAGGGUGAAGGUGAACCACCAAGUUCACAUCCUGCUAUGCCAGCUUUGUUAAGGGAAGAGAUGGAUUUUGAUCUUGAUGAUGAUGAAGAUCCCUUGACGGAGAAUCAAGGAUCGUUUGAUGAAACUGGUAAAAUCGGUAAAGAAGUUUUCGUCGGUUUUAUCCAAAACCAAACUCAAAAUGACCACGAGGGAUCAAUUAAUGUCAAAUCGGAUUGGUCAAAAACCACAAUAUCAGUUUUAUCCACACCAUUAUUCAAUCAAGGAUAUGGAAUAAUAAUCAAAUCCGCCGUAGAUGGUUUAUUAUUUUCUCCUCAAGGGCAAUUGCAGGCGCCAGAAAAUAUAACGAAAAAUCCUUGGAAACACCUAUCGACCAAUCCUGCUUUGGCCUUUGUCUUAUCAAGUAAAAGGGAUCUAAGAUUGAUCAAGCACUUCACUACAUCUGUUUCUCCACAGGGAGUCCAUCCCCAUGGCGAUGUUGAACCUACUUCACCUUCUUUGUCUAAACGGCUGAAGCCCUCCUCGGUCUCGGGAGGAGGAUCGAGAACGACAGUGCUGGCGUUCGAUUCGGGAAGCUCGGUAGGACAAGGUAAUUUAUAUGUGUAUUAUCCCCCUGCGGUCGGAGAUAAAAAUACAGCUAAACAGGGUGUGAUUCCUGUCAGUGGAGGUGAGAAAGGUGCGUUGUUAGGUGUUGGUCAUGUCAAAGUACGAGGAAAGGAUUUGGUCAUAGUCUUGACAGAGAAAAGUUUGUUGAUCGUCAAGAAUAUCAUAUGA